AUGGAUUGAGGACAAAUCUUCAAUUCUCGAAAUACCUGACAACAGAAGGCCUCCGCACGAUCCCACCGUUGAUCAUAAAAGGCGCUCACUUCAAUCCAACGGCCACACAUCUUCGUUCUUCAUCUCUACCCGAAUUUUCUAGUGUCUCGUGUUCUGUUUUUUCUGCUGUACAUCGUUUGGAAUCACAAACCGGAAUCGGAAUUAAUUAUUCCAUUCUCGGAUGUCGCUAUCCCAGUUCUGAAUUAUCUUACCCUCGAAUGCUUUAGCAUUGACAUGAAGGUGAAAAGCAGUAAAUUUACACAAGUUUGUACAAAGGAGUAGUGAUCUUGGAAGAGUGUGAUACAAAUUGAGUAGUGCGCAAUGGAUGACAUCUGUGGCAGCGAUGAACCCAUGCAUAUGAAUGAUAAUCUGCAUUUGCAAUACAUGCAAGAGCAUGAGCAUCAUCACGGGUUGGACCAUAUAAGCAAUGUAAAUGGGGUGGCUGAUGAUCAUGAUAAUGGAAGUGGUGGAGCUGAACUUGUCCAAGCCGAUGUCCCAUCUGACCCCAUGAAUCUUUCUGAUACGCAUGAUGGGAUGAUGGACCAUGGCACCGAAAAUGGGGACCAGCUCACAUUGUCGUUUCAGGGUCAGGUUUUCGUGUUCGACUGUGUGUCACCUGAGAAGGUUCAAGCUGUGUUGUUACUACUGGGGGCCCGUGAAGUACCUCCAAGCAUGCCUGCUGUCCCAGUAACCACGCAGCAUACUAAUCGGGCCCUUACUGGUACUCCACAACGGUUGACUGUCCCUCAAAGACUGGCUUCACUAAUUAGAUUCCGUGAAAAACGGAAAGAACGAAAUUUUGACAAGAAGAUUCGUUAUACUGUUCGAAAAGAGGUAGCACUUAGGAUGCAACGAAAGAAAGGUCAAUUCACAUCUUCUAAACCCAAUAAUGAUGAUUCUGCAUCAGCUGUCACAAGUUCGGGCUCGAACGAGAGCUGGAGUCAGGAUGGUAAUGGAUCCCAACAUCAAGAGGCUGCCUGUAGACACUGUGGCAUCAAUGAGAAGUGUACACCAAUGAUGCGACGUGGACCUGAUGGACCAAGAACCCUUUGCAAUGCAUGUGGACUUAUGUGGGCAAACAAGGGUACUCUGAGGGACCUCUCCAAGGCAGCAGAACCAGCAGCACCCCAAGCAGGACAAAACCCUUCCAUAAGCAAGAACGAAGAUAUGAAACCUGAUUUAUAAAAACGGAAAUUUGGCGGCCGACCAGGUCUUUAGAAUUACGGGAAGCGGUAGUGAGUCUUUGUUAUAACUUUUUGCUCGGGCCAGCCAUUGUAUAGAGGAGCUUUAGAUGAUUAUAAGUAAUUUUGAAAUGCUCCUUUUAUCUCUCUUUUAGAUGAGUUGAGUUUGGUCUCACCGCACUGCAUAAUAUGCCAAAAGGAUUUUCCUGCACUUGAAUUAACUAAACUUUUCAGCAUCGGGUUCCAUCUUC